CACAAGAAACACAAUCCCACGUGGCGCGUCCACAUUCACAAACGCUAGCCUUUUUAGUUAUUAGUGUGUGCGUGUAUGUCUGCACUCUCCACUUUCAUCAGUAAUCGUCUUGUGCAGAAAAAAAGAAAAAGAAGAGUAAAAAUGGCUUCAGCUAUUGGGGUGUCGGGGAUGGUAGGCAAACCCCUGAGCUUGAGCUCCAGGUCGAGUGGUGUGUGGAUCCCCACCACCAGCUUCAAAACACUGGCACUUUUCGGCUCGAAAAAGAAGGCGGCGCCACCCAAAUCUAAGCCGGUCACCCCAGCCGACGAGGAGCUCGCCAAGUGGUACGGGCCUGACAGGAGAAUUUUUUUGCCGGAUGGACUGUUGGACAGAUCAGAAAUCCCCGAAUACCUGACUGGAGAAGUUCCUGGAGACUAUGGGUAUGAUCCCUUUGGCCUCAGCAAGAAACCUGACGACUUUGCCAAAUAUCAAGCAUAUGAGCUCAUCCACGCUCGAUGGGCAAUGCUCGGUGCUGCUGGUUUCAUCAUCCCUGAGGCGUUCAACAAAUUCGGAGCUAAUUGUGGCCCUGAAGCUGUUUGGUUCAAGACUGGUGCCCUGCUUCUUGACGGGAACACAUUGAAUUACUUUGGAAAGAACAUCCCCAUUAAUCUUGUUGUUGCUGUGGUUGCUGAGGUCGUACUCGUGGGGGGUGCCGAAUACUACAGAAUUAUAAAUGGUUUGGACUUGGAGGACAAGCUUCAUCCUGGAGGCCCUUUUGACCCAUUGGGGCUUGCAAACGAUCCUGACCAGGCAGCGUUAUUGAAGGUGAAGGAGAUUAAGAAUGGACGACUGGCCAUGUUUGCUAUGCUUGGCUUCUUCCUUCAGGCGUACGUAACCGGGCAAGGUCCCGUUGAAAACCUUGCAGCACACUUGAGUGAUCCUUUUGGCAACAACUUGCUUACGGUUAUCUCUGGUUCUGCUGAAAGAGUUCCCACUCUGUAAUUCCCACACUUUUUUCUUGGAUCCCUCACAAUUGUACAAUCCGCUGAGACAUAUUUCAAGGCCAUUAACCCCAUAUGAAUUAUUUUAAUUGCUCACAACCAUUUUACACACAGAACCUAUAUAUGCCUUUCCUUUCGUGUUCUUGCUCAGAAAAAUAGCACACAUGCAUAAAACAUCACAAUUGUUCUGUAGCAUCUACAGGGUAGUGUAUACUUCUAAAUUUUAGUUGGUAAACAGAUGAAAAUAUGCAAUAAAAAUGUGCAUAAUGGGUCUUCAAAUCAAGAUAUUCAUUUAGUAAUUAUAGGUAGAGUUCAGACGAGUACUAUGAUAUUGUAAAAUAAUAGUUUGGUCGUGUCAUUGCCUAUACCAAACCAUGUGUAUUCUUGAUUAGUGGCAUCGCUUUUAUAUGUUUAAGAGCGAAAAAGAAAAUAAAAAUUUACAAGUGUUUAGAAUGAUGGAUCCUUCCAAACCAUCUUGUAAAGAAAUUAAAAUGAAGUGAAGAAUAUGACAGGAGCACCUAAGAAGAAAAAUAUAUAAUUUGGACACCGUAUUAUGGCUAUUUUAGCGGAUUUAGUACGUAAUGUUUUUCUUGAAACUCAGAAGCUGAACUCAUGCAAUGCGAAAUAGAAGAUCAAAUACAAGUUCAAAAUAAAUGGUGCCAUACACUUUGUAAAUGUAAACUGCAUGAAUGGCCUCAGCAUGCAUUUUUCUUAGAACAGUCAUGAGUAAUGUAAAACACUGAAACCAUCACAAGAUGGUACAAUAUUAAGUCAAUGCAUUCCAACAUUUAUUCAUUAUUUCAGCCAUGCAUGAGUACAUUCUCCAUUGAUGUAAUUUAGCUUACUUUUCCAACGGCAUGAGCCUGAAUCAAAUCUAAUUUCAUGAGAUGAAUUUGAAAACUAAGCAUCAUUGCCACAUCAUCAAUUGUCCAUAAACUAAAUUAAAGUUGAUAUAACAAUAGAAAAAAGAGUAGUAUUACAAUUUGUGUUGAAUGUCAGGAAAUAUAUGAUGUUUGAGCAGGUAGGCGUAACUACUUGGCAUAAGCCCAGAAGUCAGUCUCAUUCCUUAGAGAUAAUGGAUUGUUUUGGUUGAUAGAGGAGGAGUUUGUACUAUUGGAUUCCUGAUGGUGAUGUCGGGUUGUAGGUGCAUUGAUCUCAAUAAGGCAUUCGUUGAAAUUCGGAUGAUCGUCUGAUGUGGGCUGCUUAUUGCAUUCUAAUAUUGCGGGCUGUGGAGCUUGGUAAUUACCUGCAGGACUUAUUGCACUCUCGCAGCAAUCUUCUCUUAUGAACUGUUUAACCUGCAUACAAUUACUGCUCCCAUUAUCGUAAUUACCUGCAUUAAUGGUAUUACUCGGGCUUGUUGUAGUGGUCGUCGCAAUACCGAAAUUAUGAUGAUGAGUGGAGCUACUUAGCAUCAAUGGCUUAUUAACGAUGAAAUUCUGGGAUUCAAGCUGCUGCUGUGGAUAUUGAUGAUAUGGGGGCAAUAAGGGUAUAAUGGUAUUAUUGUGAUCAGUAUAACUAAUAUUUUGAUCAUGAGAGUGCAACAAAUAUGGAGAUGGAGUGGAGUGAUUGAUAUUAUCAAUAUUGUUGCUGCAGCUGUUUCUAUGGGUGAAGAGGGAUCGGGAUUCGGUUGCAGCAGCAGCAAUAGAUAUAGAAGAAGUGCUCAUAUUGAGGUCUGCAUCAUCACCAUCAUCAUAAGCAUGACUAGUAUUAACAUUGUUCAUCAUCACCAUCAUUGACAUCCCACUACUACUAUUGCCAUUACUGUUGCCAACUUUGAACAGAUUCUUCUUCUUGAAUACUCGACAAACAACCCAUCCGUCUUCCUGAUCAGUCAUCAAUUAAUUACAUCAUAUGCAUAAUUUUGUAGAUAUGAUAAUGCCAGUUGCCAGUUAAGAUGCUAGCUACUUACUGCAGUAGUGGCAGUUGGGUCAUGAGUCAUGUCAUCAUCAUCAUCAAGGCGGUACUCGUGCAUGAUCC